GGCCUGCCGGGAUGCGCUGGUGCGGCAGAUGUGUGCCGCUGGUGCUGGUGCUGGUGCUGGUGGUGCCGUCCCUGGCUGCGGCUUCACGCAACACCACCGACUGCGGUACCAGGCGGCAGCUGGUGCAGCCCGAUCGUCCGGUGGUGAUUACUUCUCCCGGCUACCCGGCCGAUCACGCACGCCGACAGCGUUGCUCGUGGCGGCUGCAGCCGUCCCGACCCAGUGACGUCAUCCGGCUGGUGUGCACGGACGUGGACCUGGCCGGAUUUCGGCUCGGUGUGCGUGUGGGGGAUUAUCUGCGCGUGCGCACCUCGGGCCGGAGCCGGCUGAUCCAGUACAGAGACCUACUGCACUGCGCCGACGUGCCGCUCACAAUACAGGGUAAGCCGGGUGAGCCGGUGUAUAUUCGGUUCUCCUCCGAUGGCCUGUUCCAGAGACGAGGCUUCAGCUGCCAGGCGUCUGUCUCGCAGCGCGGGGGCGGCGAUCGCACCACCUGCUGUAGAGAGUGCGGCAUAUCAUUCAUCUCGGAGUCGGCUAAGAACGUGACUCGGUGGACCACCGAGUCUCCCACCGUUCUGAGUUCACCAGCACCAGUCAUCUCCGAGCUCUCGACAGCCCGAGCCAGUGCACCUGGCUCCGACCGCCCCACCGACCGACCUGCGGCCACGCCGUCCACACCGCCUGUCCACGCGGCCCACCUGUCCACCUGGUACCACGUGACCGACGCCCACCCCACCGGCCGCUCUCCAUCGGACCCACUCGGUCCGUCCCAGGCCGGAGCUGAGCAGGGGACGGCUCAGAGCCGGUCCGUGCCGCUGCGGCAGCGGGGGAGGACCGGCCGGCAGCAGCGGUCGGCGCGACUGCCGGCGCGAGCGGCCGACCUCCGGGUGGUCGGAGGAGAGGAGGUGGCGCCCGGAGCCUACCCGUGGGCCGCCUUUCUGGUGCUCACCGUCCAGGGCCAGGCCGGGUUCAUCUGCGGGGCGACCGUCAUCAGUCGCAGCUACCUGGUGACCGCCGCUCACUGCGUGUACCGCGCCGACGCCGCCACAGUUCUGCUCGGGUACACCUCACUCCGGGAACCCGGCCCGCACAGCGUCCAGGUGCCGGCGGCGGAGGCGGUGGUGCACCCCGGCUGGUCGGCGCGGUUUGUGACACACGACAUCGCGCUGCUCCGACUGCAGCGGCCUAUUGAGUACAGCGAGGCCGUCCGACCCAUCUGCCUGCCCACCCGACAGCAGGUGGCAGAGACGUUUGCCGGCGAGCUGGGCACAGUUCUGGGCUGGGGCGGGGGCGGCGCCACGGACGGCGACUCAAAGGGUCGUCUGAGGGCGGCUCAGGUACCCCUGAUGGCCAACUGUCGCUGUCAGCUGGUCUGGCCUGUGGUGGUGACGCCGCUGAAAAUGUGCGCCAGCGGCCGACUGGGCACCUCCUCCUGCGGGGUGAGUUGGGCGCGGCAGCUCCGAGGUUGGAAAAUUGGCGACUCUGGCGGCGCGCUGCAGGUGACCUCGGGUCAAGGUCACGUCGUGCUGGUGGGCGUGGUCAGCUGGGGGUCAGCGUUCGGCUGUGACCGGGGCCGUCCGAGCGGCUACACACGCGUGACGCCCUACCUCGACUGGAUCGAGGCGCAGUCCGGAGUCGCCAUACAGCCGAACUGA